AUGUAGACUGUAGCAGUGUAGCGGGUAGCCUAAUCAAAAUCAUGAAUCAGCUGUGAGCUGUUUAGAAAAAAAUGUUAUGUUACCACUACUAUUUGUUAAAGUAAACUUCAAUUUUAAAAACAUUUAAAUGAUAUAUAAUCAAUAAUAAGGUUAGUUAAGUGUUGGCUAAGCAUAAUUGAAAUAUUUAAACUCAAUGCCACUAGUAUUCAAUAUAUAUAGUAUUUAAGGAAUCAAAAACAUCGAUGGCUUUACCUACAGCGCAGCCUGCUGAGGUACUUCGUGCUUGGCAGAAAGAUAAUUUAUAUGAAAAGAAAUUAUCUGCAUCGUUAGCGAAACUAAUUUCCUCUCAGCACGCAUCCAAGACUAUUCCUUUUUCUUUUGUACUAUACAAAUCUUUUACAACCCUACGAGAUCUACAAACGCUUGGUGAAGAAUAUUCUGGUAUUGUGCAAGUCGAUGACUCCUAUCACAAACUACCAACAUUUUGUAAUCGCCUCAUAAGCAUUUUACUGUCAGCCUUCGGUGAGAACAUAACACAAAGAUUACUUCGUAGUGUAGAAAAGCAGAUUGAAAUUAAUUCAACAUUAAGACCAGCAGCUCAAAAUCUAUUUUUAGUGACUUUAAAAGCAUUAGGUAAUAUUUUACCACAAUUUGAAAGCAUACAUAGGGCAUUAUCUUACAUUAAUGGUGGUCCACUUGAAAUUGGUAAAACAUUGACAGGAAUAAAUUAUGUCCAUGUAAGACCAGCUGCAGCUGCUUAUUAUGCACAUCUGAGGCUACUAGGGAUAGUCACACUAUUGCAUGCAGUUAUAAGUUGUGGCCAGAAUCUAUACCAGGCCAAGAAGCACCUGGAGCAGAUGGCUGAUUUUCCAAAUGAAGUGGAUAAUAGUACGUCUUGUGUGGCAUGCUUAGAUGAAAUAGUACAACCAUGUGUUUUACAAUGUGGGCAUUUUUUCUGCAUGCAAUGUUGUUAUGGUGCAUUAGAGAGUUGUGCUUUAUGUAGGACACCAUUUUCUAAAAACAGCGUUGUACCAUUAAUGAACUACUGUGCUAGUAUGAACUAGUAUACUAUUUUUCAGUGUAAUAUAAUCUUAUGGUCUGUGUUAAGGUUAUGGGCACAAUAUGUUCAAAAUAAAGUAAAAUAUUUAUAUUGGUUUUAAAAAUUAAAAUCAUUAAGAACUUCUGA